GUUGACAUUGCAUGUGACAUCAUGCUGUCAGUUUUCUAGCAGUUUUUUUUUUACCAUGGCCAGGAGGAAUUUCUGGGAACCAGAAGAAGACUGUAAUUUUUCCCAGUUUCCUCUAGGAAUUUCAUUAAAAACUUAAAUUCCAAUGCAAGGAACUUUUGAAAUUGUGGGCACUCUUGGAACGUUUCUCUCAUUUGGUGAUCUCAUCUGGCGUCUAAUUCAAUUCGCUAGUGAAAUAAUCUACCACCGAGAUAAAUAUGACAAUAUUCGACAAAUAGCUGAACUCACAUUCAGCGGAUGUUCCUGGACAGUUGCUGUCUUGGUCAUCCAAAUAUUCACUCGUAUUUACACAGAAAAUUUCGCUGAUCUCUGCGAUCUUGCCUGGAAGUGUUUUCUCUUUGGACCCCUGUAUUGUCUCGUACAGUGGCACAACAGUAAUUCACUAUAUUCCACGACAAUUGGAUUGAGAAAAUCCCGAGGAUUGGACUGUGGAACAAGUUUGGCAAAUUCUUUCUUCUACGGCUACCUCAAUAUCAUCCUAGCCAAUAAGGGUGAUGGGAAUAAAGGAAUAGUGGAGAGAAUACAAGACUUUGAAAGUACUGAACACAUUGAGAUUCCAGUGAAGAAACUCUUUAUACUGCUGCCGAAAAGUCUCUAUUCCCAUCCAUUGUUCAAUGAUUGCAGCGAAAAUAUCAUCAAAAUUCACAAUUUGGAAUUUAUUAUUCGAGAUCGGGCGGGUACGACGAACAGGCAUUACUCAAAUACAGUCUACAAACUCCUACCGAAGAAAUACUUUGUGGUAGCAGAGGCUGCAACUCCCCUCCUGACCUUCUACGAGACAAUUAAACAUAAUGGAGACUUGAGAUGCUUUGCCCCGGAAGUUUUUGACAAAUUCUAUCAUAAAUUGCAGAAUUUGCUGAAUUCUUGUCCAGCCUGCCGGAAUUUGGUCGUCUUAGUACCAUACAAUGACAGAACUUCCUCCGGAGAGUUCACCGAUGUGGCCCAGCUUCUCACUGAUGCUGUUGAACAGCAGCUAUCUCCUAAAGUAGUCCAGAAGUAGCAUGACAAAUUCUACAAAGCAUUUAUUUUUAGAAAAUAAAAUUUGUCGUUUUUUAA